AUGAGUCAGUCACAUUCAUAUUCAUUACAGGAAGUUUUCCAAAAUAAUAGGUUAAAUGGAACUUUUAAGCAGGUGUCAGAGACGGGAACGUCCCAACCAAAGCCGGAUUACGUCGGUUCGUCAUGCAGCCUGAGCGUCAAAAAUGUGUCCUAUACUGUGAGUGAACAUGUAGGACCCUGGUGGGACCUUUCAUCUUUCAGAAAAAAAUGGACAAGACAAAUACUGAAUCAAGUGUCAUUUCAUGUGGACAGUGGGCAGAUAAUGGGAAUUCUGGGGAAUUCAGGUUCUGGAAAAACCACUCUGUUAGAUGCUAUAGCAGGACGAAUCGGGAAUUCUGGAAAACUCCUAGGAGAGGUUUUUGUGAAUGGAAGAAAGCUGAAAACAGAGCAGUUUCAAGACUGUUUCUCUUAUGUGCUCCAGAGUGACAGUCUCUUGAGCUAUCUGACUGUGGAGGAGACUCUGACAUACACUGCUCAGCUUGCUUUGAGAAAACACUCUUCUGAGGCCAUACGCAAGAAGGUAGCUGCAGUCAUGGUAGAGCUGAGUUUGGGACACGUGGCUCACAGCGUGAUUGGAGGCCGCAUUUUCCCUGGCAUUUCUGGUGGAGAGAGAAGGAGGGUCUCCAUUGCCAGCCAGCUGCUUCAGGACCCAAAGGUGAUUCUCCUGGAUGAGCCGACCACAGGACUGGACAGCAUGACGGCUAAUCAGAUCGUGGUGCUGCUGGCUGAACUGGCCAGAAGAGAUCGAAUCGUCAUAGUGACCAUCCACCAGCCCCGUUCAGAACUUUUCAGGAUCUUUAACAGAAUAGCAAUCAUGAGCCGAGGGGAACUGGUGUUCUGUGGGGAGCCUGAAGAGAUGGUGGAUUUCUUUAGCAGUUCUGGAUAUGAGUGUCCUGAGUACUGCAACCCCUUUGAUUUUUAUGUUGAUCUGACCUCUGUGGACACACGCUGCAGCGAGAGGGAAGCCGUCACCUACAGCCGCAUGCAUGACAUCACGUCAGCCUACCAGAACUCAGAGAUCUAUAAAAGCAUGUUUGGAAGGAUCGAGCAAAGCUGCCAGAGAGCAGACAAACCCAUAAUCCCAUUCAAAAGCAAGGAGUCUCCCAACUGCAUGUCCAAACUGAAUGUCCUCCUCAGACGGACAGUGCGAAAUAUGUCUCGUGACAGGAUGGGCAUUCUCAUGCGCCUCUCUCAGAAUCUCAUUUACGGCCUCUUCAUUGCAUUUUUUGUCAUGAAACUGGAUAAGGAUGUGACUAAAGGUGCCGUGCAGGACCGAAUUGGCAUCAUCUACCAAUCUAUGGGUGCUUCACCUUAUACUGGCAUGCUGAAUGCUGUGGCUUUAUUUCCUGCUUUAAGAGCCAUCGCUGACCAGGAGAGUAAAGAUGGCUUGUACCAAAAGUGGCAGAUGUUUCUGGCUUACAUCAUCCAUAUCCUGCCCUUCAGUAUUAUCAGUGUGUUCAUCUUCACCUCUUUCUUGUACUGGACUGUUGGCAUGAACCCAGAUCCUAUGCGCUUUGUGUGUUUUUCUGCCGUGGUCAUGGUUCCUCACAUCGUAGGUGAACUUUUAACACUGGUCUUGUUGGGGGUUGUUCAGGACCCCAAUAUGGUCAACAGCGGGGUCGCUCUACUCAAUAUAGCUGGAAUCAUGGUGGGAUCUGGAUUUCUAAGGAGUUUUAAACAAAUGCCUGUGGUGUUCCAGUGGCUGAGUUAUCUAACCUUCCAGAAGUACGGCUGUGAGCUCCUGAUUGUCACGGAGUUCUAUGGCCUGAACUUCACCUGCACACCUAUAGCAGGUUUGCCAGGAUCAUGUCUGGUGGACAGUGGGGAUAUGAUCAUAGAUCAGGGUUAUCCUGGAGCUCUCUCGCGUUACACACAAGACUUCCUCCUGCUCUACGCCUUUCUGCCUGCACUCGUGAUACUAGGCAUCAUCAGCUUCAAGAUACGUGACCACCUCAUCAGACGCUAAGCUUCUGAGUGUGUGCAUGUGUUGGUGUGCCUGAGAAUGUUAUGUUAUGUUCUUUAUUUUGUAUAUAAAAAUCUCUAAAUCAUAGUAAACUAUAUCCAGAAAACAUGAACAUGAAAGCUGAAUCCAUCAACCUUUUCCAUCGUUGUUGAUCAAAUUUCUCCAAAAUGUAAUGUACCAUUACUGUUUGUGGUAUACAUCAUAAUUUCUAAUGUGACUGUAAAUACUCUAUUAUAUACAAUAAAUGUUUAAUAAAACAUG